AUGCCGGUCAUGAAGGGGUUACUGGCCCCGCAGAACACCUUCCUGGACACCAUCGCCACCCGCUUCGACCGCACGCACAGCAACUUCCUGCUGGCCAACACACAGGGCCCACGGGGCUUUCCCAUUGUCUACUGCUCCGACGGCUUCUGUGAGCUCACAGGCUACGGCCGCACUGAGGUCAUGCAGAAAACCUGCAACUGCCGUUUCCUCUACGGUCCAGAGACCAGCGAGCCAGCCCUGCAGAGGCUACACAAGGCCCUGGAGGGCCAUCAGGAGCACCGGGCUGAAAUCUGCUUCUACCGAAAGGAUGGCUCGGCCUUUUGGUGCCUCCUGGACAUGAUGCCCAUCAAGAAUGAGAUGGGGGAGGUUGUACUUUUCCUCUUUUCCUUCAAGGACAUCACUCAGAGUGGAGGCCCAGGACUUGGCCCCCCAGGAGGCCACAGCGACAGUAAUCAUGAAAACUCCCUUGGCAGGAGGGGAGCCAGCUCGAGAGUUCGAUCCACCAGGAGGCAGAGCCAUACUGUCCUACACCGACUGACUGGCCACUUUGGCCGCCGGGGCCAGGGAGGCAUGAAAACCAAUAACGUGUUUGAGCCAAAGCCAUCAGUGCCCGAAUACAAGGUGGCCUCCGUGGGGGGGUCCCGCUGCCUCCUCCUCCACUACAGCGUGCCCAAGGCCAUCUGGGACGGCCUCAUCCUCCUCGCCACCUUCUACGUUGCGGUCACCGUCCCCUACAAUGUCUGCUUCUCGGAUGAUGACGACACCCCCAUCACUUCCCGACACACCCUUGUCAGCGACAUUGCCGUGGAGAUGCUCUUCAUCCUCGAUAUCAUCCUGAACUUCCGCACCACCUAUGUGUCCCAGUCCGGCCAAGUGGUCUCUGCUCCUCGUUCCAUUGGCCUCCACUAUCUGGCCACCUGGUUCUUUGUUGACCUUAUUGCUGCUCUGCCUUUUGACCUGCUUUACGUCUUCAACAUCACCGUGACGUCGCUGGUGCACCUGCUGAAGACGGUGAGGCUGCUGCGGCUGCUACGGCUGCUGCAGAAGCUGGAGCGGUACUCGCAGUGCAGCGCCGUGGUUCUCACGCUGCUCAUGUCCAUCUUUGCGCUCCUUGCCCACUGGAUGGCCUGCGUCUGGUAUGUCAUCGGGCGCCGGGAGAUGCAGGCCAACGACCCGCUGCUCUGGGACAUCGGCUGGUUGCACGAGCUGGGCAAGCGGCUGGAGGUGCCCUAUGUCAACGGCUCUGCGGGUGGCCCGUCGCGGCGCAGCGCCUACAUCGCUGCGCUCUACUUCACGCUGAGCAGCCUCACGAGCGUGGGCUUCGGCAACGUGUGCGCCAACACUGACGCCGAGAAGAUCUUCUCCAUCUGCACGAUGCUCAUAGGCGCGCUGAUGCACGCAGUGGUGUUCGGGAACGUGACGGCCAUCAUCCAGCGCAUGUACUCGCGCCGCUCCCUCUACCACAGCCGCAUGAAGGAGCUCAAGGACUUCAUCCGUGUGCACCGCCUGCCCCGGCCGCUCAAGCAGCGCAUGCUCGAGUACUUCCAGACCACGUGGACAGUCAACAGCGGCAUCGACGCCAACGAGUUACUGCGUGACUUCCCAGACGAGCUGAGAGCUGACAUUGCUAUGCACCUGAAUCGGGAGAUCCUGCAGCUGCCACUCUUUGGAGCAGCGAGCAGGGGCUGCCUGCGGGCGCUCUCCCUGCACAUCAAGACCUCGUUCUGCGCUCCGGGCGAGUACCUGUUGCGCCGCGGGGACGCCCUGCAGGCGCACUACUAUGUCUGCUCCGGCUCAUUGGAGGUGCUCCGGGACAACAUGGUGCUGGCCAUCCUGGGAAAAGGAGACCUGAUUGGGGCAGAUAUCCCUGAGGCAGGGCAGGAGCCUGGGUCAGCUUCAAGCUGCGUGCUGAAGACCAGCGCCGACGUGAAGGCACUGACCUACUGUGGCCUGCAGCAGCUGAGCAGCCGAGGGCUGGCUGAAGUCCUGAGGCUCUAUCCUGAGUAUGGGGCUGCCUUCAGGGCUGGCCUGCCCCGGGACCUCACCUUCAACCUGCGCCAGGGCUCUGACACCAAUGGCCUCUGCCGCUUUUCCCGAUCCCCUCGCCUCUCCCAGCCCCGCUCGGAGAGCCUGGGCUCCUCCUCAGACAAGACCCAGCCAUCCGUCACAGAGGCUGAGGCUGGGGCCGAGCCUGGAGGUGGUCCCAGGCCCCGGCGGUCCCUCCUGCUGCCCAACCUCAGCCCAGCACGGCCCCGGGGCUCCCUGGUCAGCCUUUUGGGGGAGGAGCUGCCCCCAUUCUCAGCCCUUGUCUCCUCUCCUUCCUUGUCCCCAACCCCCUCCCCUGCCCUGGCUGGCCGGGGCCACAGCCCCUCCCCUCAUGGCCUCCCCAGGGGUUCUGCUGCCUGGAAGCCCCCCCAGCUUCUCAUUCCCCCACUGGGAACCUUUGGACCUCCGGACCUCAGUCCCCGGAUAGUGGAUGGCAUUGAGGACUCUGGCAGCACAGCAGAGGCCCCUACGUUCCGGUUCAGCAGGAGGCCUGAGCACCCUAGGCCUCACUCACAGGCGCCUCCUACAGGGACCAUGCCCAGCCGGGAAGUGGCCACUGAGGCCGAGGAGGUGAAGGAAAAGGUCUGCAGGCUGAACCAGGAGAUCUCCCGUCUCAACCGGGAAGUGUCUCAGCUUAGCCAGGAGCUUCGACACAUGAUGGACCUGCUACAGGCCAGGCUGGGUCCCCCAGGCCACCCAGCAGUCUCGGCUUGGACCCCAGAUCCUCCCUGCACACCUCAGAGGCCUCCAUGCAUCUCUCCCUGUUUGUCCAGACCACUGCCUGGCCUCCAGGAUACUACCCUCGCUGAGGUCCACUACCCAGCCAGUGUGGGGACAGCAGAGAUGGGGGCUGCCCCCCCCGACCUGAGACCCUCCAUGCUGUCCCCUUACCCCUCAGAGCCUGACCCUCUGGGACCCUCCCCAGUGCCAGAGGCCUUACCUCCGAACUCAAGCCUCAUGAGGCACAGCUUCCGGUCCAGGUCAGACACGUUCCACUGACCCUGGCCACGGGCCCAGGCCUGUUUGGGGUGGGCACUGACGCCUGCCAUCCAGGGAGGGGCUGGGCCCCUUGG